AUGUCUCAAUACGUUGCAGAAGCCAAGGAAGUUAUUGCCUCCCAAAAGUUUGUUCAAUUAACAGCUAAUUUCUGUCCAGAUUGCGUGUACGCCAAUGCUGUCUGGCAAAAAUUCGGUGUUCUGGACAAAGUUCUGCAAUUCGAAAUCGGAGGAUUUGACAAAGAAACUCAGCUUAAAUACAGGGACGCUUUUGCCCAGGUAGCUGGAGUUAGAAACUUGCCCACCAUCUUUGUAGAUGGAAAAGUGUGGGGAACUGAAAGCGAGCUGCACAAAUACGAAACGAACGGCACUUUGCAGACCGAGCUACAAAAAAUUGGUCUCAUCUAA